CCAAUAUCGCAGCGAUCCAGCCACUGGCAUAUCCCCUCUCCUGCCUGUUUCCCUACAUCUUCCUCCUCUCCUCUGGCGUUCUUCCUCUUGCUCUGCUCCUCCUCCUCCUUCGCCUACACACACUCAGGAUGGCGUUUCAACACCGACACGUGGACAUCUUCCCAAACUCCAACUACAAGAUCCUCAAGGAUGACUCCAAGACGGAGCCAAAGUCGGCCAUGGACGAGAAGCUGAUGGCAUUGAUGCACAAGUUCAACGAGACCGGUCUUGUGGAGACCAUGCAGCUCGUCAUGCUUGUGGAACAGCACGGGCACCCACACGUGCUUCUUCUCCAACCCCACCCAAAGUUCUCCCUUCUGCCACACACAGAGAUCAAGCCGGACGAAACGAGCAAAGAGACGGUGCACAGAAUUCUUCAGGAGCAAUUCCAAGUGGCUGAGCCGGCGUUGAACCAGUUUCGCAUCGUUGACCUUGCUGCCGUGUGGUGGAGACCGCACUUUGAGCAGCCAACGUACCCGUACCAACCGCCACACGUGACUAAGCCCAAGGAGCGCAUUCAAGUCGUCCUCGUGCAGAUGCCAGAGUCAUGCGACUUUGUUGUUCCCGGGAAUGGAAACGUGCGCGCGGUGCCACUGAUUGAGCUGUACGACAACAAGGAGAGCUUUGGUCAACUCAUCGCAACACUCCCGCAAACCCUCAGCAGAUAUGAUGUAGAAAUGCACAAGGACGACUUCAGUUAGACGCGCCGGCACCACGUAUCCGACAGCCAGCUCACUCAUCGCCAUCAGCAAACCAUCACAACACCUCCAACCAACACCAACACCAACAGUGUUGUUGCUUUCAGUGUCAUCACACCACUGUUCCUGUUCUUGGCCGUCCAAGUGAAAUGAAACACGCACCCAAUAGCCCACAGCCAACGUCCAA